GAGGGUAAACUCUGUUCUCUAUUGUUCACACUGUUUCUUCGGCAGCGCGAUUGUUGGAACCCAUACAAACGCUUAUGCAGAGGUCAAAUCGUUGGUCACCAUCACUGCUAGCUCAGCUCAGCUUCUGCUCUAUUUCUCUCCAGUGAAGUGAUGAGAAACCAAUACAGUCUAGUUGUGAGUUCAUCGUUGCUGCAAGCUCUGUUCACACUUUGGAUUUGCCAAAUGAAAGUGAGGGUUGUGUGCAGGAAAAUUUACGACUACAUACGCUAUGAUCUCAAAGAAAUUGCUUUUCCCUCCUCUUUGCCAGAUCCUCCUCAUAUAAAAAAACGCCGUAUAUUGACCUGGGAGGAGCGUAUCUGGGUUUUGAAGAGAGCUGCCAGGCUUUAUGCUGCAAGCUGGGUCCGUGACAUUGGUCCUGAUCUUCGGCCAAAUGAUUAUAAGAAGGACGAAAUGACUGAUGAAACAAAUGGUGAAAAGAAAACAACUACAGCAAAAGAACCCUCGACACUGGAGGAUCUUGCUAUAGCCGCUAGAGGGGGAAUGGAGACUCUCAGACCUGCUUUGCAGCGUGUAUACAUGACCAGAGCUUCUGCAUACAGGGAUGCUCUUAAAAGUUUCAUAGAAGGAUACCAAGAAGGUGUUCAGCAAGUAAUGGAAAAGGAGAAAAUUUCCAAAACUCAAGAAAAUGCUGAUGUACAGAAAAAAUAAACUUGAACUUUCUUGUAGUAGGCAGGGUGUUAUUUCUUCUCCUGCAGACCCAGCUGUCAUUUAGAUUCAUGCAUGAACAUUUGCUAAAUUAGUGAAAGUCCCCUUGAAUUAAAUGGUUUUAAUGUAUAUUGCACUGAACAAAUGUAAUUGAAUAUUCCAAAAUAGAUGUAUUUUGGAUACUAAACAUCCAAUCAUAGUCCUGAGUUUUGUUUUAAUGGUAUGUUUGUUUGGAAAGUGGUAGCAUUAGCUCAUGUUGAUAUCGUGUUUCUUUAGUAGCUAUAGCAAAUGGUGAAUUAUCUAUUAUUAUUUGCAUCCCCCCUCAAGAUAAGGGUUUGAUAAUUGCUGAUUAUACAGGACUCUUGUUAGUUUUACAAUCACUGAAGACUACGUAAUGAAUUUCAUGUCAUUGGCAAAGGAUGGGAGGAUGCAGUUGACACUAGGUUUUUGCAAUCUAAAUUAUUCUGUGUAGAGCUUCACAUAUCCAAAUUUGUUUUUUUCUCUUAGAGAUAUGUGAAUGCACGUUCUUAAAGAUGAUAUAAGGUGAGCUUUUUUAUGAUUGUUAUCGGGUUGGGUUAUAUAGUAUCCUUGGCUAAUGCUAAUUAGGUUAGAUUGUGUCAUCAUUUCUUCUAUGUAGAAUUACUGAGGCAUUCUACAAUAUUUUUUGGCUUCUGGUGGGUUGAAUUAUCAGUCCGGGACUAUGAGGUGCUAAUUAUAUCGUAGGAUGCCAUCUUUUUUUUGCUUGGAAAACAUGUUGUGGCGGAUAAUUGGGUCAUUGGAUGCCAGGGUGAAUAGUUUUGGUUUCAUUUUGGAGGAUGAGAUGGCUGAGAAGACUAGCAUAAUGUGAAAGAUAAGACAAAUUUAUGCCCCACAAAAUAUUAUUGACUCCAUCUCUUGAGUGACGAGCCUUCUAUAUUGGACCACUUCCUUAUGAAGCUUCCACGAAUAGUCCUCAAAAUUAUGGAGGAAUAAUUCUUACUAUUUCAGGUAAGAGUCAUAAGUUUUUCUUUGUAGUAACAUUGUAGGCGUGGAUUAUAUUUUCAGUCUUGGCUUGCCGCCUAAGUUUGCUGGGAAACUUUUAAAGCACAAGUUUUAGAUCAGUAGAACUAUGACAUUGAGGGGCAUAAUCUACACAAUUGACAUAUAUUUUACUUUUCUGCAGUAAAAACCAGUUUGGCAGGAUGAACCUGAUGAGUAUUCCAUUUUGAAAAGAUGCAAGAAACAGCUUUGGUUUGUGAUUAAUCUGUUUAAUUUUGGUUUUGGUAGCAUAUGAGCUGAAAGGAAUCAGGUUACGGAGAUGCAAAGGGAGACUUAGUCGGUGUUGAUGCUGAGAUCAGUAUGGUGCUAUAUUCGCCAAGAAGAAAUUAAAUUCCCAUUGGUGCUCUUUAUUCUAUAUGACCUAAAGGAGGGACAGGGUGAGAUUCAUCGGGGCCUUUCAAAGUAAUGCUUAGUGGAGUGGAAUGAAGUGAUACACACAUUAUUUCUCUCAUGUUUUCCCCUUUAAUGUCAUCUGUACUGUAUUACUGUUAAUCAUAACUGGAUCACUCUUGCAGGUCAAAUCCUUUCAUUUCUUUGAUUGGCCAUUAUGUGUAGGCCAGUGAUAAACACCGCAUAUCUGAGGACCCUCCCACUUGCAGAGCCAGUGAGCCACUGAGAGAGAGAGAGAUUGGACGCCUUCUAAGGCAGGGCUCAAUGUGCCUCUUGUGUAAAUCUUUAUGGGCCCUAAUAAUCACAUGACACAGUAUUUGAUUACUCAUAAAGGUAUUCUGCUCUUUCUUUUGCAAAAUUAUUUUGUAUUGACUGUAUGAAAGUUGUAUUGAUCACAUUGAUUGAAGCUAAAAGCUUUGGUGAAUCCACUGUUUAUACACAGUGAUCAGCUCAAGCUCUUCUGGCCUGUGGGUCCUCGAAAAUUAUCAUUCGGUUUCUUCUUCCUCUAUGAGAGACAAGGGCAAGGACUUGUACUGGUUGGAGUUUGGAGUUUUGGUAAUUCAGUGCGAUGAAUCAUUGAUCAAAAGCAUUUCACUGACGGGUCACGUCCUUAUUUCCGCAACCCCUACUUGUCUUCUAUAUAAGCAGUUAAUAGUACUACAGCUUGAACUUCAGUCAGUGAAAGUGUCCUUCACCUGAUAAUACCUAAGUGUUGUACCUGAAAUUUGGAUUUUUUCUUUCACCAUGAAGCCAUAUCACCUUAGAGAGAGAAAAAUGAGUGGAAUAAAAAAAA